AUGCGUUUGUCUCCCAGCGCACCCCGCCUCCUCUCAGAUACACAGCUAACAAGCAGACUAUCAUAUAGUGGAAUAUGUUAUACCAUGCCAGCAACAGACACCAACGCCAACGAGGCCGAGAAGAUGUUCAGAGUGAACGUCUUCGGCCCAAUGCGAGUCGUCCACUACUUACACCCCCUGCUAAUCGAGGCCAAAGCAGUCAUCGUCAACAUUGGAUCCAUUGGAGGCGUAUGUCCUUAUGUAUAUGGAGCAUCGUAUAAUGCGAGCAAAGCGGCACUCCAUCAUUACGGGAACACCCUGCGAGUUGAAAUGCGGCCGUUUGGUGCCCGAGUUGUGAAUGUUAUCUCGGGCGAAGUGAGCACGAAUAUCUUGAAAAGUGAUCAGGGGAGGUCUCUGCCAUCUAAAUCCGCGUAUAGCCCCCUGAAGGACGCUUUUCAGGCCCAUGUUCAGCGAACGCCAGAUGCCAUGACUCCUACUCAGUAUGCCGCUGGGGUGGUCAAGGAAAUCCUGAAGCCAUCUCCAGCUGCCUGGUUCUGGUUCGGUGCUUCUUCUGGCAUGAUCCGGUUCAUUGAUGCAUUUCUCCCUAGGACGUUCUGGGAUUGGAUGUUUGGGCGCAUGUUCGGCCUUGACCGGCUGGUUGGGACGCAGUCUGGACAGAUGUCUGCUGUAUCUCGUAGCAAUGAGUAUCAGUUCUACCCAUAUGAAAUCGUUCGUGCCUCCGUCAAGAAGUAUCCACUAAUCUAUUCGAGAACAAACUACAAGAGCAAAAGAGAUGCGAAAAUGAUCAUCGACGGAGUAGCCCUAGCCACCGGUGCCGGUAUGCAGCAUAAUUCAUCCACGUCCAUGCGCUAUGCCCGUUCUAGGGAGAGGCUCCGAUCGUAUGACAGACAUUUCCAGCAGCCUGGAGUAGCCUGUGCCGCUGAAAGACGGAAUUCCGAUACUCUGCGCCCCGUGCGAGCUGUGUAA